AUGUCUUUACAAUUUCAAUCAGAAACGCGGCGACGAAAGGGCUCCAAACACGACAAAACGGGAUGUCUGACCUGCCGAUAUCGGAGGAAGAAGUGCGUCGAGAACACGUUUCCAAUCUGUGGAACAUGCUCCAGGUUGAAUCUGAAAUGCGUGCGAUCGACGGCUCGCGAUGUAGUCCCGACUACCUGGGUCGAACAGAAGAAGAGCACACUGCAGGCAACUCAGGCGCUACGACCGUCGACGAGAGAUAACUCGCAUCAACCAUUAUCGUCAUGUUUUCCGUUGCUUGCUUCACCUCCGGGCGUGGACCAGGGCGAACCGCCUCAGAAGCGACAAGUAAUGCGAUACUACAUUACAGUGCUGAGCCAUUUUUUGACUGCAAGCGAGCAGUUCAACUCGUUCCUAUCUGAGUUCCUACCAAUGGCUAUGGAAUCGAGUGUGCUUUACGAUGCACUGGUCGCUUUUGCUUCUGGUCACUUGUCACUCACGAAUGAGUCAUAUCGGGUCUCUGCCUUAGAAGCUCACUCGACAGCAAUCACCAACCUCGCCACAGCCCUCGCUAAACCACAACAUGAAAUCACAUGGUACGAAAUCAAAGCAGCAACAUGCUUGGCCUUUGUCAUAGGUGAGGUAUGCGUAGGAGAUAACGACGGGUGGUGUGCCCACCUCAACGGUGCCAAGCUCAUCAUCGAGUCCGCCGUGGUCAAUCCAAGCUCAGGGACGACCUUGCGAGGACCUGAAGUCUUCAAACGGAGCUCCGAGGGUCAGUGGAUUCUUCGAAACUUUGCGUAUCACGACAUGAUUGGGAGUGUGACCAUGCGGAGGAGGCCGCUGCUAGACUGCAGUUAUCUGGAUGGCAUCACAGACGUUGUCGACACCUACCUAGGCGUCGCCACAGAUCUUUUACGCCAUGUAGCUACUUUGAGUAGCAUCGAUGAAGAGACCAGACUCGAUGUUGCUCUGGGGGCUGAGGAGAUAACCAGAAGAAAGAAGUUGUUCCAUGCCACCUGCGAAGGAGUCGAGCAAGAGCUGCAAGACUGGCGAUGUAGGCCAGAUGCCGCUCCAGAACUUGCUGCUCUGGCGCAUGCAUUUAGGAGCGCUGUCCUUAUUGUGCUAUUCCGACUGAUACGGAGUCGCCUGAGUUCAGAGGAAGAGUCCACUCAAGGAGCAAGCUCUGAAGCCAUGACAGAGGAGAUGCUACCGACAAAGAUGCGGACGCAGGUGUCUAACAUCCUGAGGCACGUCUCAGAUAUUCCGGUCGGGUCACAUACCGAGUCGGCAAUACUCUUUCCUCUCUUCCUUGCUGGCGGCGAGGCGACUGAGGACGAACACAUGGAUGCUGUUCGUGUUCGGUUGCAGAUGACGUUGCAGAAACGACGAUUCCAGAAUAUUUCUCGUUCUUUGAUAAUACUAGAAGAUUUAUGGCAAAGGCGGCAAAACUCAGACUGGGGAACAUCUUCUCUUGACUUAGGGCCGGUUAUCGCUACAUUGAGCGUCAGGUCGGCGACCACGUAUAACCCAUGCUCAGCAAGCGAUGCUGAACCAAUAAUCUUCAAGCUCACGACUAGAUCUACAGAGACCAACAAGAUCGGAACCGAUACGCCAUGCAGAUACGCCUUGAGCCCAUAUGAUACCGUAUCAGAUAGUCAGCCUCCAAUAUUGACCAGCUUUCAGAUCAGAGCAACGAUAACGAUACAAGUGUCUCUGCUCUCAACCUCGCGAACCCUCGAGUAUUACGUCUAUCUUAUGGCAAAGACAGCCGCCAAGCUUGGUCCAGAAUUCGUAUCAACACUCAACCCCGUCGUGAACGGGAUUCCAUCUGCCAGUGCAGUCCUCCACCGCUCACUGAAAAGCGCGCCGCCACAUGUGGUAUCAGCAAAGGGCAAACAUCUAACAUUUUCUGAUGGCCGAACCAUCUUGGAUUCAACAUGCGGCGCAGCAGUAGCAUGCAUAGGAUCGAACAAUGAACGAGUCAAGAAAGCCAUGGUUGAGCAAAUUGACAAGUUUGCCUAUUGCAACUCCAUGUUCUUUGGCCACGAGAUUGGGGAGAAGCUUGCUGAUGAACUCAUUGACGGCACAGGCGGUGCCAUGUCGAAAGCGUACAUCAUGUGCUCAGGCUCUGAGGCUACGGAAUCCGCAAUGAAGAUGGCACGACAGUAUUUUAUGGAAUUGUCUCCUCAGCAGCCAAAGCGGAUCAAUUUCAUUGCCAGAGAAGGAUCAUACCAUGGUACAACUCUUGGUUCGCUGUCAAUGAGCGGGCAUGUCGCGCGGCGGAGUCUCUUCCUCGAUAUGCUGCUUCCGAACAUAUACAGAGUGUCAGCUUGCAACCCGUACCGCGGUAUGAGCGAGGGUCAGACCGAGCAGGAAUACGUCAGUCAAUUGGCCGAUGAGCUGGACCAGAAAUUCCAAGAGCUUGGCCCCGAUUCGGUAUGCGCAUUUGUCGCAGAGCCUGUUGUUGCUCUGCCUGGAUAUUUCAGGGCUAUUAGAAAGGUCUGCGACAAGUAUGGCGCCCUACUUAUCUUGGAUGAGGUCAUGUCCGGCAUGGGUCGCUGCGGCUCUCUACAUGCGUGGCAACAAGAGGGAGUUAUCCCUGAUAUCCAGACACUUGCUAAAGGUCUCGGCGGCGGUUACGCGCCCAUGGCUGGAAUGCUCAUCAAUCACCGUGUGUCUGAUGCUCUCAAUAACGGAAGCGGCUCAUUUUCACACGGACAUACUUAUCAGGGCCAUCCUGUUGGAGGCGCUGCUGCUCUCGAAGUCCAGCGAAUCAUCCGGGAAGAGGAUCUCGUCGCAAACGUUCGAAAACAGGGCGCUCUGCUUGAGAAGCAGUUGCGGUACUACCUAGAUGACCACCCUCAUGUUGGCAACAUCCGAGGCAAAGGCCUCUUUUGGGGGAUCGAGUUUGUCAUGGACAGAAUUACCAAAGAACCUUUCCCAAGAUUUGAGGAUAUCGCGAACAAAACUCAUCUUGUUGGAUUCAACGACUUCAGCAUCAGCUUGUAUCCAGGGAUGGGAACGAAAGAUGGUGUUCUGGGCGAUCACGUCCUUCUUGCGCCUGCAUACACUAGUACAAGCGAAGAGAUUGAGGAAAUCGCGUCCAGAACUCGAGAUACUGUCUUUCAGCAGAUUCAAGCUAGCGGCAGCCUAGCCAUCACACCUUGA